AUGGCAAGCCUAAGGCACAUAACGGCGGCAUUGGCUUUUGCCUCGCCUACAGUAGUCUACGGUCUCUACCAAAACGGCUCGAGCUUCUCACCUUGCGAUUCACCCCUUUAUUGUCAAGGUGAAGUUUUAAAGCAGAUCGAAUUAGCUCGGCCUUUCUCCGACUCCAAGACAUUUGUAGACCUGCCAACUAAGGUGCCUCUAGACGAGGUUCUAGCUGCCUUUGACAAGCUCAAUAAGCCGCUCAGUAACAAUACGGAGCUUCACGACUUCUUGUCAACUUACUUUGGUCAGGCCGGGUCCGAACUAGCUCAGGUUCCUGUAGACCAGCUAGAGACCGAUCCCACAUUCUUAGACGGCAUUGAUGAUGCCGUGGUCAAGCAAUUCGUGCAGAAGGUCAUCGACAUAUGGCCCGAUCUGACUAGGACUUAUGUGGGUGCUGCCAAUUGCACGGGAUGCGUGGGAAGUUUUAUUCCUAUCAAUCGCACUUUCGUCGUCGCUGGUGGCCGGUUUAGAGAGCCUUACUACUGGGAUUCAUUCUGGAUUCUGGAAGGUUUGCUAAGAACUGGCGGCAGCUUUACUCAAAUAUCGAGGAACAUCAUUGAAAACUUUCUCGAUUUCGUUGAUAAAUUCGGGUUCGUUCCCAACGGCGCACAUUAUUUGAAUCGCUCUCAGCCGCCCCUCCUGACGCAGAUGGUUAAGACUUACAUCGACUAUACAAACGAUACGAGCCUUCUCGAACGCGCCUUGCCUCUACUUAUCAAGGAGCAUAACUUUUGGAUUGAGAAUCGCACAUCAGCAAUCACGUUUGGCGAUGAAACCUUUCAUCUAGCACACUACGGAGUCCAGAACACUGAGCCACGACCAGAGUCAUACCGAGAGGACUAUAUUACGGCCAACAAUAGGUCCUACUACGCAGCUUCUGGUAUCAUCUAUCCCGAAUCACGCCCUCUGAAUGAGAGUGAGAAGGCCGAGCUCUACUCUAACCUUGCUUCGGGAGCUGAAUCUGGAUGGGAUUACACCGCACGAUUCAUUGCUAACCCAUCCGACGCCGCCAGGGACGUUUAUUUCCCGCUGCGCUCUCUCAAUACGAACAAAAUAGUUGCUGUGGACCUGAACUCGAUACUGUAUGCUAAUGAGAUAAUUAUUGCGAGUUAUCUAGAGAAGAGUGGUGACAGCACGUUAGCUACGGAAUUUGAGCAGUUAGCCAGAAAUCGAUCAGAAGCUAUGUAUGCGCUGAUGUGGAACGACAAGUAUACGAGCUAUUUCGAUUAUAACCUAACCUCGGGGACCCAAGAUAUCUACAUACCACUGGACGCGGAUGCUACCACGGCGCAGAUAUUAGACGCUCCCGAAGGUUACCAGGUUUUCUUUCAUAUCGCGCAAUUUUACCCUUUCUGGUUAGGUGCAGCACCUCCGCAGCUUAAGAACAAUCCCCUGGCCGUGAAGCUCGCAUUUCAGCGUGUUUCCGACUUCGUCACUGAGAAGGCUGGCGGUGUAGCCGGCACGAAUUACCGAACUGGCCAGCAGUGGGAUCAGCCGAACGUAUGGCCGCCGCUGAUGUAUGUGCUUAUAAAAGGCCUGCUCAACACACCCGCGACUUUCGGCAAGGAGGAUCCUGCAUACAUCGAAACCCAGGAUCUUUCUCUCAAGCUAGCACAGCGCUACUUGGAUAGCACGUUCUGCACAUGGCGUGCAACGGGUGGCUCUACGGAUGAGACGCCGAAACUAGAGGGACUCGAUUCCGACGAUUCGACCAAUGUUGCCGGUGGCGGAGGCGAGUACGAAGUCGUCGAGGGAUUCGGAUGGACGAACGGGGUACUGAUAUGGGCGGUCGACACGUUUGGCAACAAGCUGAAGCGGCCAGAUUGUGGCAAUCUGACAGCAGUUAAUCCCGACCGGAAAUUGAAGAAGCGGGAUAACUUUGGUCAACGAGCCGUUGAGUUAUCCCCAUAUGACGCUAGGUGGAUAGCAAAUCCCCGCCGAUCAUCAUGA